AUGCCCCUCACAAAUACAUACGAAGCUGGCAGAUCAACUGAGACUGCAUUGCACCACUUGGUAGGCAUAAUAGAAAACGCAAAGGAAGGGAAGGAGGACACCCUCGGUAUCUUUAUGGACAUAGAGGGAGCCUUCGACAAUACUUCGUUUGACAUGAUGGAGAAAGCGGCGGCAUCACUGGGGAUCGAGGCGUUGGCCACCAAAUGGAUAGCCGCCAUGCCCCGAAUCAGAGUUGUCCACUCCACCCUCGGGGGCAGUGCGGUAAGGGCUGUGGUGGGGAGGGGUUGCCCCCUGCUAUGGCUCCUCGUUGUCGAUGGCCUCCUCACUGGACUCGAAGAACUGGGGGUAAGGACAGUGGCAUCUGCGGACGAUGUGGCACUGAUGGUAACUAGCAGGCACGCGAGCAUGCUACAUAGCAAGAUGCAGCCUGAGGAUAAACUCAGGCAAGACGGAGAUGGUGCACUUUACAAGCAAAAGAAGGGGUGUCGUCAAAGCCCCUCCAUCUACAAUACAGAACUGAACUUCUCUGGGGGAGUCAAAUACAUAGGUCUCUGGCUCGACAAGAAGAUCAGUUGGAAAAAGCAUAUCGCCAUGCAAACCAACACGGUCACUAUAACAUACUGGGCGUGCAGGCGGAUGUUCGGAAGCACAUGGGGGUUAAGGUCGAAGAUAGCAGCCGUUGUGGGGUGGACGGCCUUGAACAAGGCCUGCCACAGGAAAGCGGUGGACAGAGUAGGCAGGCUUGCGAUGCUGGGCAUAACUGGGGCCCUUCGAACGACCCCGAGCUCAGCAUUGGAGGCCCUGCUCUUCAUGCAACCGCCUCACCUAAUCAUAAGGGACGAGGCGACAAAAUCGGCUACGAGAUUGCGGCUACAGGGAACGUGGAAGGAAGCCAGGGCUGGGCGUGCUCGUGUCAUCAGCGAAGCCAGAGAGCUGCAAGGGCUUCUGUCGCGAGGAAAGUACGCGCAUUGGGCGCCGCCCCAGGGGCUAGUCUGGUAUACAGAUGGAUCUGGGGUGAGCGAACGAGCAGGAGCGAAAGUGUGGUCUCAGGGGCCCGCAAUAGCGAUAGCCAUCAGACUGGAGUCGCACGCAACCGUGCUCCAGACAGAGCUGGCUGCCCAGAGGACCUGUGCCAGGAUGAUCCUGGAGAGAGGGGACAAGGGCAAAAAGAUCGUUAUCUACUCAGACAGCAGACGCGCGCUGAGGGCAAUACUCAAAUACGAGUGUUGCUCAAAAUUAGUGGGCAAUGAGAAAGACGAUGAGCUAGCUAACAACGGGUGCAGGAGGGACCCUCAGGGGAAAGUUGAGCACCUAGGCGUGCAAAAGGACUUUGUGAAGGAGCUAGUCAAGGAACGUGGGGAAAGGAGGAUUGUGGAUAGGGCUAAGCUCCGAGCUAUAGCGGGGCUUAUCACUGGGCAUUGGACCCUGACUCUGUACCUAUCGAGAAUAGGUAAAGGGACUGACCCCCGAUGCAAAAGAUGCGGGUUGACGGAGGAGGAUCCUCGUCACCUAUGCACAAGAUGCAGCGGGCUCGAUGAAGUCAGAUGGGACGUUUUUGGAUCUGCAUGCACAGAUAUACAUGUCAACAGGAACGGUAUGAAGGGGCUCUACGAAUUUACGCGUAGGGCACACGUACUCGAGGCCACUUGUGACGAGGCAGAUUUUUUCGCCCUUUCCCCGCCUUUUAAAAAUACUCCACUGAGUGGCUAG